AUGAUAUAGCAGUGUGGUGCUGUUGCUGAACCGCUCUCUCUGAUGGCUCUAUGGGAGUGGAUAACAUUGAGCCUCCAUUGCUGGUUUUUAGCUGCUGCCUUGGUUUCGGAUCAGCAUGCAAGCGGCCCCCUCGACUGGCUCCUGUCAGACAAAGGGCCCUUCCAUCGUUCGCAGGAGUACACUGAUUUUGUAGAAAGGAGCCGGCAGGGAUUCACUACCAGAUACAAGAUAUACAGAGAAUUUGGUCGCUGGAAGGUAAAUAAUCUAGCCUUCGAAAGAAGAGAUUCCCUUGGCUCACCUUUACCCCUUGCCCCUGAAUUCAUCAGGAAUAUCAGACUUUUGGGACGCAGACCAAGCCUUCAAUUGAUCACUGAAAAUCUUAUCAAGAAAUACGGGACCCAUUUCUUACUGUCGGGGACAUUGGGAGGAGAAGAGGCACUUACCAUAUUUGUGGACCAACGGAAGCUGAGCAAAAAGUUGGAUGUGAACGACUACAUGACAAAUAGCUCCUCAGUCUCACUGGAAACUCUUCAUCAGCUAGCUGCAUCUUACUUCAUUGACAGGGAGAGCACACUUCGCAAGCUGCACCACAUUCAGAUUGCUUCAACAGCUAUCAAGGUAACUGAAACUCGUACUGGUCCCCUUGGAUGCAGUAACUAUGACAACCUUGACUCGGUUAGCUCUGUUCUGGUUCAGAGUCCUGAAAACAAAGUCCAUUUGCAAGGUCUGCAGGUCAUUCUCCCAGACUAUCUGAAGGGACGUUUUGUGCAAGCUGCUCUCAGUUACAUUGCCUGUAACACAGAAGGUGGAUUUAUCUGUAAGGGCAAUGAUUGUUGGUGCCGGUGUGACCAGAGCUUCCCAGAAUGCAACUGUCCUUACAUGGACAUUCAAGCAAUGGAGGAAAGCUUGAUUCGAAUAAGUGAGGCUUGGACCACCCUCUACAAAGAGUUUGAAGAUGCAGAUGAGUUUAAAAUGUUUCUGAAAAGGCUACCACAAAACUAUUUCCUGAACAUCUCAACGUUACAACACCUAUGGUCAAUGGACUCUGCCUUUCUACGGCGGUAUGAUCUGCUUGAAAACAGCAUGAAGGCUCUCUACAGUAAGGCACAAAGAGUUGUCUAUAAGCUCUUCGCUCUUAGUAAAAGGUGUCAGAAACAGCCCCAAGUCACUCUGACAAGAGAGAGACCGCUGACCUACUGGUUGAGAUACAUUCAGUCAUUGCUUUACUGCACAGAGAACAACCAAGAGGGGUCAUUUUCUGAAGAAACUCACAGCUGCCUUUGUGCCUAUGAUCACAGUUCCUGUCAAGUGGCCAUUCCAUGUGCAAUAGGAGAAGGGCAAGGCUGUGCAGCCUGUGCUUCUGAGAACCACACCCGCUGUGGCAACUGCAACCCCAGGUAUAUGCUGAGCCAGGGGACCUGUAAACCUGAGGUGGCUGACUCUACAGAGAACUACCUUGGAUUCGAGACAGACCUGCAGGAUCUUGAAUUGAAAUACCUCUUGCAAAAAACCGACAGAAGACUUGAGGUCCAUGCCAUCUUUAUCAGCAAUGACAUGCGCCUCAACAGCUGGUUUGACCCUUCAUGGCGGAAACGCAUGCUCCUCACCCUCAAGAGCAACAAGUACAGGUCCAACCUUGUCCACAUGCUGCUGGGUAUAUCCAUUCAGAUUUGUCUCACGAAAAACAGUACUCUAGAGCCAGUUCUGGCUUUAUAUGUCAACCCUUUUGGAGGCAGUCACUCCGAGAGUUGGCUUAUGCCUGUUAAUGAGAACAGUUUUCCUGAUUGGGAGCGGACUAAGAUUGAACCUCCCCUGGAGUGUUACAACUGGACCUUAACUCUAGGGAACAAGUGGAAAACGUUUUUUGAAACUGUUCACAUCUACUUGAGGAGUCGUAUUAAGGAACCUGGUGUUAAUGGCAAUGACAGCAUUUAUUAUGAACCUCUGGAGUUUAUGGAUUCAUCAAGGAAUUUGGGCUACAUGAAAAUAAACAGCAUCCGAGUGUUUGGUUACAGCAUGCCCUUUGAUCCAGAAGCUAUUCGAGAUCUGAUUUUACAACUCGAUUAUCCCUAUACUCAUGGAUCGCAGGAUUCUGCUCUGUUGCAGCUGCUGGAGAUUCGAGACCGUGUAAAUAGACUGUCACCACCUGGCCAGCAGAGCUUGGACCUCUUCUCUUGUCUGCUUCGUCACCGACUCAAACUGUCCACCAGUGAGGUGGUGCGGAUCCACUCCUCUUUGGAGUCUUUCAAUGCCAGAUUGCCAAACUCUGUCAAUUACAAGACAACAAAAUUGUGUGGUUAACCUGUCAGCCUGAUGUAAGAAACAUGAUGUCAAUACAUGGAGACAGUUCCAACUUAUAUAUGUGAAAAGUGUUUGAGCAGAUCUGUACUGUAUGUGUGCAAACUAAUCGAAUUUUUUUUUUUUUUUUUUUUUUUUACUAAUCUGUAAAAAACGUACACAAAUAAUCCAAAUAACACCACUAAAUAUAAUGCUAAGUAAUUAAAAAAAAA